CGGCGCUGCCGGCACCCGGCUUGCGGUGCUGCUGGAACUCGGGGAGCCGCGGCCUUCAGUGGCUCUGUCCAUUGGGCUGAGGCUGGCGGUUUGUUUUGUCCUCACCUCAGACAGCGUGGAGCAUAGCGGUGCUGGGAGUGUUCGCUUCAAAACGCUCCUUUAUUGCAAUAUUCGUGAGAGCAGCGGCACUUCUGAUCAUCGCUGCUUUUCAGUUAAUUUUGCGUAGAGCAGGAUGGGUAAACUCAUUUGUUAAAAGUCAGUUUAAAGCUCUUCUUUAAACUUCUCCAAGUGACUUUCUGGUAAGUGCUUGUUAUAGAAUCACUAGGGUUCGAAAAGCCUUCAAAGAUCACAGAGUCUAACCAGUAGCGUUUACCGCUAAACGAUGUUUCCAAGUGCCAUAUCCACAAACCAUUUGACGGCUUCCAGGGGUUUUGUUUCCAGCCUCUUCCAAUACCUGAUCACCAUUUCAGUGAAGUUUUUCCUAAUAUCUAAUCUGAACCUCCUCUAAUAUAAUUUGAGGCCACUUCCUCUCACAUUACUUGAGAGAGGUGACUGACCUCCACCUGGAUCCAGCCUCCUUUCAGAUGAUUGUGGAGAGCCAUAAGGUCCCUCCAGGCUAAACAACCCCAGCUUUUUUGCCCUGCAUGAUGAACUCUGCUGCUGUGGAUCAAUACAUACAGUUGCCACAUUGUGUUAGCUUGUAGUGCUCCUGCCUAACCCACCUCUGCAGAAUUAAAAUAUUUCCUCUGCCUUGAGCUUGCCUUCACAUCUGCUGGUGGGACUGCUCAGGGGCUACACUGUCCCUGAGAGCAGGGAAACCAACUGUCUAAAAAGCAACCUAGCAAAACAUGAUUUUUUUUUUUUUUUUCUCUUCAAGAUAAACCUCUUUCCUGACCUGGUUGAUGGUAUGGUCUGUGAAACUGUUGUGAUGGCCCAGGGCCUGGCAUGAGUGACCAGCUGGGAAGCUGGGGAUGUGUUUUCUUUUAAUAUGCUCACAUUUGGGCAUGUGACGCUCAUGAAAUGCAGCACAUGUCAACAGAAUCCAUCAAUUUUUAAGCAAGCAAACAAGCAUUUGAUCCAAAAGAUGUUGCUCUAAGAGUCAGUGAACUUUAGUUUUGGCAGAACUGCAUGACUCCUGCAACUAGGAAUGCUGUGCUGAACAUGCUGAACUUUGAGUCCUCAGAAGAGCCUACCCAGGAGCAGGUUUGGUCAAAGGUAGCUUUUGACACAACCAGACAUUUUUAGUGAAGGAGCCAUAAGAGAGAGAAACCUGGAAAGACUAAAGCUGCAAGAACAGUGCAUUCGAAAAAGAGUGAAAAAAAGAGGGGGUUGAAAGAAAAAGACUUGGUGAUGAAAAGAAGUUCAAGAGAGAAAAAGGAAAGCUAAGCUCGAGAGGAGAGAAGAGAGGCAGAUAGAUGGAGAUGAGGAACAUCCCCCAAAGCAGCAGAAGGUACCCGCUGAAGAACAGCAGUGGCCAGAGAAUAUGCCUGAAUGGGAAGAAAGGAAAUCCCUGCUAGCUCAGAGAAGAGUGGAGUCUGUCAGACUGCUUACAGUGCUGUUAAAUCGUGUGAAAUUGGCAAGUCAAAAAGUGGAUCCUUCACUGGGUGUAAAGAAGGAUGAUUCCUUUUCUGAAACAGCAUUUAAAGACAUACAGCAGGAGCUGAUUAACUCCCUUUAUCGUACGCACAAAGAGCUGAAACGUAAGGAGUUUAAGUGCCCAUUAACCCAAAAAGGUAGUGCUUUAUGUUGUGAGGAAGGAGAUGUGAGUAACUUCUGCGCACCUAAUUUUCACAUAGUCAGGACAAUUUUAAAUGAUCCCUCUGCAGCCCCGAGCUCUGAUGGACUGCCUGGCGGAGAUGUGUGCAGCUCCUCCUCCAAAGGCUGUGGGCCUUUGCUGAUCACGGUUACCCAGGACGGCAGGGUCAUCGAACCUCUCCGUGGAAGGCACCACCCAGCACUGGAUGUAGUUCAUGUGCAGACAGUGUCUGAGGAAGAUGAUGGCAAAAAGCAAAAGGUUUAUGAGACUGAUGAAUUCAUCCAUUAUUUACUAAACUACUAUCAGACACCACACUAUGCACGUGUUUGCUUAGAGCCAAAAACCAGUGCAAACAAGUCCCGGUGGAAGCGAGUGGUGUCUGAUGAUGGUAGUGGGUUUGACAUCAGCUUCAGUAACAAACAUGGUCAGCACUUCAGAGAAGUGAGUCCUGUACAACACCUCCACAAGAGAAAUUGUAGUAGUGAUAGUAAUUACAGGCUGGUGAUCACUCUUGGGGAACUUGAGUCAACAGAUAAAGUGUUAGAAAGCGAGGCCCAUAGGGGCAAGCUUGCAAAAAAGCUGCAAGUGCAGAGGAAUGACUCACUCCCUAUUGAUAACUUACCCCAUGCUGGACUGAAUCAUUCUUUGGAGUGCACUACUGUUACUCAUAAUAAGGAAUUCAAACAAGAAGAUGGUAGAGAUGAAGGCACUGUACCAUAUGGAACAUGUAGAUCUGCUUGCAGAUUAAAGGAUUUGUUGGAAGAGAUCAGUGAUUCUGAGUACUUCAGAGAGACAUGUGGUGGCUCAGUGAAGAGAGCAGAAAGAAGGUAUGAGGAAAUUUUCAGCAGUUGUAAUAAAGGUUGCUUGCCUGCAAGAGCCGGAGAAAGAAAAUUACUGGUUUACCAUAAAAAUGUAGCUCUGGAAGGUCAAGAGAAGGAAAUCAGCCAAUGUAACUCCUGUUCUAAUUUUGUCCAUGAGGGCUUGGCAAGGCAGUGUGAACAUAAACUUAAAAAGUCAUGCAAGAGGUCUAGUAGUAAAUUAAGGUAUGAAGGAAAGAAAAGUGAGAGACAAUCCAGGGAAAAGGAGAAAAAUGCUCAUAAAAUGAAGAAAAAGAGAAAAAAGCUUUCUUCUAAUCUUUUACCUGAUGAAUGUGGCUUUUCAGAGACAGACAGUUGCAUGCAGCUGGAGUCGCUCAGAAAGAUACAGAGAAAAUGUAAGAAAAUGUUGCACAAAAAAGUGAAAUUCAAGACACAUCACAUGUCUAUGGCAGCACCAGAUGUUACUCCUCAUGAUGGCUUGUCCCUUCAGGAGACCCUUCAGAGGAGAGGAGAUGAGAGAAAAUUAAUAUUGAGAAGAGAGAUGGAUGCAGAUGUCAGAGGAUGCCCUCUAUUUCCUCUUGAGAUAAUUCAGACAAACCCCUUCUCAGAUACUUUCUGUGGAGGAGAGCCCAGAAGAGGAUGCUGAACAGCUACUAUAUUAUAGCUCUGAAGUUUUUAUAAAGAAGUGGGAGAAGAAAGCCCUUUGAUCAUUAAAAGGUGUAUGAACUACUGGGGUUUUUUGGAGGGGGGGGUUUGCUUAGGUAAUUCCUUUGGUUAGAAUAUUUAACUGGUGUAGUGAGUCACAAUAGCAGAAUCUUUGUUUGGAUAACAGGACCAAAACUUUUCCCCAGAGCCAGAACACUUUCAUGAACUAGUGGCUAAAGAACUUGAAAGGACACAGACUGAGAUCUUGGAGCACUACACUUUGACUGAAUGCAGGGAAUCAUGUAAAUUACAGUAUUUACCACUAAUGAGUAAUUGGAAAAAAAACCUAAUUGGAGCAAGCAUAUGAAGUGUCUCCUCUAUCAGAUUGUUUAUAAUGAUGGGACUGGAAGGUGUGCAGGACAUUUAUACUCAAUUUUGAGAAGUAAUAGAUUUCAAACUGUGAAAAAAGUCCCAUCUUCUGUAAAACCCCCACUAGAAGAAUCCUUGUUUUCUAUUCACAAUUCUAGAGGUGUUUCUGAAAAUUUGCUGACCUUUGGGAGGAAGGACUUCACUGAACUUAUGCUCAAUGUAGUGCUUCCAGGAAUCUGAAGGGUUGUCUAAGGAAAGCUCUGAGUGUUAGAUGAUGAAAGGGCAGUGCAUGUCAGCCUGCUAACAGUCUCCAUGUAAAUGCAGGUUGACAGUUCACAAGAUUUUGAAGGCACAUAUAGUGAGGUAGCUGUUUAGUAUGAGUUUGCUUAAAAAUGCUUUCCAGAGGAAUUGUGAAAUGUUGUCAGAGUUGUGCUGCAUGUAGAUAAAAAUGUGAAAAUGCAGUCUAGGAGCUUGAGUUAUAUCUAUAUUUAUUCAUCUGGAUAUUUCUAGAAGACAGCAACAAUUACUUUUGGACAAAGUCCCUUAGCAAGAUACAGAGUUUGAAGUUCAAUACGCUGACUAUUGCAGCUUUCAUUUUAUUACGCUUUAUUUAUUAUAUGUUGAUGAAGUAGAUGAAGUUAAUGUGAAAAUGUUGCCUUCAUUGCAUAAGAUCUUACCCGUGUUUGUAACUUCUGCUCUAAUAAAUAGUAAUGAAAAAGAA